UUGUUGAAGAAGGAUUCUCCAAUCCAAGGUGUGUCUUUAGGCCCGUUUUACUAAAAACAGAAAAAAUGUUUUAUCGGAUAAUUUAAUAAGUUAAAGAGGAAUGAGUGGGAACGUUACGGCGGUAUAAGGGAGCUGGUGGCGGUGGUCUGGCGAUGAUGGUGACGCCGGUGGUGGGUGAAGCAGAUGUUCGGAGAAUAGGGAGAUCAGAGAUUCCUUUUCAGACCUUCAAUGGCAUCUCAGGCAUGAAUGGUGGCUACCAUGGAGUAGAAUCUAGAAACCAUCAAUGAAGACCACGGAGGAGCGCACAGCAACUGGAGAAGGAGGAGUGGAAUUCCUCACCAAUGUUUGGGCUGGGUUAUCCGGCCCAGACAAUGACCAAAAAAAAAACGGAACUAGGGGGUGCGGAAUAACAACUAGAUAGUUUCAAAAUCAGUAACGAGCAAGGUUAGCCAUCGAUUUCCUGAUUCCUAAUCCAAUCCUGGUUCGCCGUCGUCAUGAGCAACGAUAAUCAGAGGUUGUUGAACCCGAACCCAAACCCGAACCCGAAUCCAGAAAGGCUUCUGGCAAUCCCGGUGAAGAAGAGUGAUCCGGUGGAGCUGUACAGGCCGUUACGCAAUUUGGUAGCGAGAAAAUACUCAGAGAGCGAUGCACAGAAAGUUGAAAGCGUUCUGGAAACCCUAAAUAAAUGCCGCAGCGACAUUGUGGAGCGAGGGGACCUCUCCCUUCCCAUGCAACGUGACUGCCUCAUUCACUACUUCAAAUGCCUUUGCAUGGUUGACCCACUCUUCACCGCUAUCUCCUCCGACCCCAUCGUCUUUGUCUGGUACGACGCCUUCUACUCUGAGCAUGAGAAUGGGGUCUCCUCGCAGCGCAACAGCAUCCAAUUGGAGAAGGCUUCUGUUCUCUUCAACCUUGGCGCCGUGUGCAGCCAGAUUGGGGCCUCUUGCGACCGCACCACCCCCCUUGGCCGUCACCUUGCAAUCGACGCCUUCAAUGCCGCCGCCAAUUUCUUCUUCAAACUCUGGAAGGAUUUUGCCAAGGACGUCUCUGCCACCCUCGACUUGACUCUCCUCUUCGCCGAGACUCUGUACCGCCUCUGCGGCGCUCAGGCUUUGGAGAUCAGAUUACAACAACAACUCGAACUCAACAACAACGACACUGCCGCCAGUUCCGCUCUUCAACAACAUCGAUGUGCCGUUACGUUUAGAUUGGUUUCCGUGAAUUAUCAGAUAGCAUAUGAUCUGAUACUACAUGAUUCGGCUGUAACCGAACAUGUCUUCUCAUUUGACCGAACAUGGAUGACUCAUCUUCAUCAGAAGGUGAAAUUCUUUCAGGUGGAGGCUCAUCGGAGGCGAUCAUCCAUCCUACCCAAAUCCCAGCUACCUGAAACAAUCUCAUUGUUCCGUUCCUGUCCUCUUGAUCAUGAUGCGGUAUCUGUCACUGAAAAAUUAGUUAGAGGGAUUUGUUGCUGGAGUUCAUUGUUCCGUUCCUGUCCUCUUGAUCUUGAUGCAGAAUUAGUUAGAAAGAUUUGGAAGCUUAAACACAAGUCUAUACCGAAGCAAGAACGAAUCCCAUACCUUGACCUCCUCCUCUCUGAGUACAGCUCUUUCAAGAUUAUUGAUGAUGGAAAGCUAGUGGCCAACCCUUGGGACAUGCCUCCUCCUUAUCCAACAAAUUUGGAAAUCCUCUCUUCUUCGUCUUUGUCAAUUAUGCCUCCGAUCCCUUUGAAGAAGAGUGAGCCCUUGGACCUCUAUGAGUCCCUUCGCAGUUAUGUUGCCCUUAAAUACUCUGAGAGCGAGGCAAAAAGAGUAGAAGGCCUUUUCAAAACGGUAGACAAAUUGCGCAGUGAAAUGCAGCGUGAUGAUCUGUCUCUACCCGUUCGCCGCGACUGCCUCAUUCUCUAUUUGAAAUGCCUUUGCAUGAUUGAGCCUUUGUUCUCCAUGACUCCCUCACCCAAUCCACCUAUCUUUGUAUGGUACAAUGCAUUCAACCCACAAGAGGACUCUUCUCAGCACAACAUCCAUUUCGAGAAGGCCUCUGUUCUCUUCAACCUGGGAGCCCUCUCCACCCACAUUACUCUCUCCUGCGAUCUCAGCACCGUCCAAGGCUAUCGCCUUGCCAUGGAUGCAUUAUAUGACGCUUCAUAUUGGUUCUUCAUACUGUGGAAGCUCGAGGCUGAGAAGUCAUCUGCCACCAUUGACUUGUCAGUAAACUGUGUCCAGAUGCUGCGCGAGAUGAUAGCUGCUCAGAUUGCCGACUUGACAUGGAAUUGUCUUCAUUCCCAUUCUGAUGGAUCAUCAUUAGCUGAAUAUCUUGUUACUCUGCGUUGUCGGAAAGCUUAUGAUCUGUCGACAUUGGGGCCUUUAGCUGAGAAUUUUGUUCAAUCCUCGAUACCUCAAUUUCUUGAGUCGAAGAUGAAAACCCGCCAUGUUCAAACUGAUCCUAGUGAUGUCACUGAACAAUUUCUUUCAGGGUAUUGUGAGGCUCAAUCCCUGCUUCGAGAGGCAUGUCAAACACCAUCCUUGGACCUUCUCUCCGAGGUUGGCCCUGUCAUGAUUAAGGAUGGAAAUCUUGUGAUCAACCUUAGAGGCAUUGGAGGAGAUGAGCUCCCAGGAAACCACAAUAACAUGACCAUAGACAGAAACUAGACAAACUUUAGGAAUUAACUUUUUAGUUUCUUUUUAAAAUUGGAUGUCGGAAUUUUGUUUGUUGAUGCUUGAAGCCUAUAACUAUUUUUGUGAAUAUAUUAUCUUUGCAAUUUUGUUUGUUGAUGUGUGAAUAUAUUCUUUCUUAUUCCUCACUA